AUGUCUACCGCCAACGAUAAUCCCUCCCCGCCCUUUACGGCCGAUGGGGUGAGCAAGCGCAAACAAGGGUCGGCUGCCUGUGUCCAUUGUCACCGCCGCAAGGUCCGCUGCGAUGCUCGUGUUGUCGGUCUUCCCUGUACAAACUGUCGCUCUUCUGGAAAGACCGAUUGUCGCAUCCAUGAGAAGAAAAAGCGGCUGGCUGUCAGGUCGAUUCUAGACCCCGUUCCGAUCCGAUCUCGGCCUCUCCCGACCCCAGAGAGUGUCGUGAAUCCGCCCUCGACAGCUGGCACACCAAUACCUACCAGCUUUGCGACAGCCUUUUCGGCUGAGACCGCCAAUUCGGGUCUGGGGAAUACUCGGCAUCAUGACUUUCAAUCAAAUUCUGGCUCAGACUCGUUUGGGCGCCAUGGCCCAGACUUGUCGCAUGCUCACGAAGCCCAUUCGGAAAUGGAGCAGCACCUUGUGAAACUCAUCGAUGAAGACGAUUCCGGUCGACGGGAAAUUCAAAGGGGCGUGCGCGCAUUCUACGUCGGUCACGAACACUCCAACAUGUCAUUCCUGAUUCGUCAACAGCGAGACCAAGCCGACAAUGUCUAUCACUUUGCCAGCAACGAAAUACCUCGGCGGCAAAUGAAGACGGGUCAUGAUCAGCUGCUGAUGGAUGCGCUUACUCUUCCCGAGCCUGCACUGGCAGACGAACUGGUCCAGGCGUACUUCACCUACGUGAACCCAGGCUAUCCAAUCGUCGAUGAAGACUUGUUCAUGACACAAUAUCGCAACCGGGAUCCCGCCGAUCCUCCGCCUAUCUUGUUGCUUCAAGCUAUUCUCUUGGUCGGAACACACGUGUCUCGGCCCAAGGCAGAGCGCGACACCUUGAAAGAUAUCUUCUUCCGUCGUACGAAGUAUCUAUUUGACAAUCGCAUCGAACGGAAUCGCGACAUUCUCGUUCAGGUGGCUCUGCUUUUGACGUGGCAUUCGGAUCGAGCCGACGAUGAUGUUGCUGCGGAUGCCCACUUCUGGGUCGGUGUGGCCGCGCGAAUUGCUACCGGACUCGGAAUGCAUCGAAAUCCCGUCUCGAGCAGUUUUGUUACCCGUGAUCGGCGAAUGUGGAGACGUCUCUGGUUCAUUAUCGUCCAAUACGAUGUUCUGGUAUCACUCUCCUACGGACGGCCCCAGGCGAUUAACCUGGAUGAUUCAGACGUCUCCCCAUUAACCCUGGCGGAUUUUGAAAAUUGCGGUCCACAUGUGCAAUCUGAAUUUGUCAUUCACUUCACGGAGUUAUGCACCAUGAUCUCGUAUUUGAUCAGAGAUCGAUUCGGCCUUCGAGCUACGGACGAACGUCGCAAAGCAGUCUUGCAGGAGGCCGAUGAAUCCCUCGCAAAUUGGUCUCUGAAAUUACCGGAUAAUUUGCGCCUUCGAGCCUCUGAUAUGGACCCCUGGUCGGCCAUGCUCCACUUGACCUACAACAAUUUCCUCAUCCUACUCCAUCGACCCCAUCCCAGAGCGUCUGCUUACUCCGACGACUAUGGCCCCCACGAUGCCGAAAUCUGCAGUGCCGCUGCCAGUGUCAUCGCAUCUAUCUUUGAGGAGCUGCGGUUACACGAUCGUUUGAGGUUCCUCUGGUACACCGGCGUUCACACCUUGUUCACGGCCAUGAUCCAAGUCCGCGUGGAGCUUCGAUUCUCAAAUCCGGUGUUGGCGAUCAAUGCCUUACGGCGUUUCGAUUCAGCAACCUACAGCUUGCGCGAACUGGCAGCAUAUUGGGUCCAUGCGGGCACGAUACUCCGUCUUUUCGAAGACUCGAAACGAUUGAAGGAAGACUUGCGCUUGGCAACCGCUGGUGGGUCGAAACCAUAUGCUACCACUCAAGCACACUCGGCGGCUCCCCCUCCGCCGCCACCACCACCACCUCCACCCCACCCUCCUAUCAAGGCACUGCAGGUCACAUCUCCCGCGCCUGCGCCUACCAUGCACCAUUCGCGACAGAUGUCGUAUGGUGUAGGGACUCCGGACUCGGCACGUUCGCAGCAGACCACAAUGUCGCCCCAGGCCAAUCCAGGAUUCGAGAAUUGGAUCACUGCACCUCUGAGGCUCAAUGUAGGACCUUUGGAGCGAAACGAUCCGUACUCGACCGCCAUGCAGGUCGAUCAAAUGGACUCGUCUCGUGAUUAUCCGGAUUGGCGCCAGCUCUUCUCCUUUACAGAUUCAGAUCUGCCUGUUCCCAUGGCGAUGGACGGUCUCAUGGAACUUGAGGAUGAAUGGCGGCAAAUCUACUGGCAAGACGCUCCGAUGACAGACCUCAUGCCUGAUAGUGGCUGGAUGCAUGGAGUAUAG